AUGCUAGCAAAUAACAGAGAGCACAUCCGCAAGUUAGCAUGUCGCAGAAUAAUUGCUUCUAGAAAAGAAAACAAAAAUUCAACAUCUGUCAGACAGUUUCGCGUACCUCCUUCAAACAUGCAGGCAGAGGAUUAUACAGAAAUCGUUUAUUGGUAUAAAGCAAAUAUGUCAGAACCACCAAUAUUAAAGCAUGUUUCUAACGAGGACCUGGAAGGUUUUGUAUCUGGUCAAGAAACUGACCCAUCCUUUCUAGAUUUGUCCAAGUGCCCCUGUCACACUCAGUCCACUGAAAGAUGUGUACAUUUAGUUACAGAAGCAUCAUCUAAAGUUUGUGGAGAGGAAAAACGAGAUGGUUUCAUAAAAUCUCGAAUCGAGUCUAGGAAGCUUAUGAAAUCAUUUAAUUCUAAGUCAGAAUUUAAGCUUAAAUAA